AUUUGUGGCUAUAAAACACGUCGUUCAUUCCGCUAUUGUCAUCAGUUCAGUUUGAAACACUCGACCGUACAACAAUCCAUUCAAGAUGUUCAAGUUUUUCGCCCUCGCCUUCGUCGCUCUGAUUGCCUGCGCCUCGGCCAAGCCCGGAAUUGUGGCUCCUUUGGCCUACUCUGCUCCUCUGGUGGCUGCUGCCCCAGCGGCUGCUGUUUACAGCCGGGAAUAUCACGGCAACUUUGCGGCCCCCUACGUGACAGCAGCAUCUCCCUAUGUGGCAUCCCCAUACGUGGCAUCUCCUUACGUCGCUUCACCCUACGUGGCAUCUCCGUACGUCGCUUCACCCUAUGUGGCAUCUCCGUAUGUGGCAUCUCCCUAUACGGCUGCCUACAGCGCAGCUCCUGUUCUGCUGAGGAAGUAGAUGCUGGACGAAUGGAACCAGUGGCUGACUGAACAAAUGAAAUGAAUUGAAGAAGAAUAUGGAAAAUAUAAAGCUCAAAUAUUUAAAAUGAA